UCGAAGACAUAUAUUGCCAUACUGAGUUAUUAUAAUUUCAGUCAAAAGUCAGCGACAUUGUACUGCCCUGUUUGUAGAGAACUGAACGGUUUUCUUUGGGCCAUGUAAAGUAUCCAGGCCUUUCCUCCACAUUGCUCGCUUCUUGUCUCUGUAUUAGACAUGGAAGGGGCUGUCAGAUGAGCACUGGCAGAGAUGCAGAGAGUUUUCUGGGAGGCUCACGGGGCUCAUUUUUUCCUAGAGGCAUCACUAUCCAUGCUGAUCAGGUUCACAGCAUCUCCAACCCUUUGUACUCUGGUCAAGAAAAUCCAAUUCAGUGGACAUUUGAGCAGGAAAAUCAAGAGAAGGAAGGAGUCACUGCUCUCCUCUAGAAUCAGAUUUUUGAGUUGUAAUAAAUUAAAAACCAGUCUUCGGCCAUAGUAAAUAAUUUUCUAAAUUCCUUUAGCCUCCAUUAACGUGCGCUUUGUCAAUCAGCGGCAGAGAAAACACAGGCAGUAGCAUAAAGAAAUGUUCUCUGGCCUCAUAUGGGCAGCUGGAAAUAGCUCCUGGGGGACGUGGGGACACACUUGGAAUAGGGUGGGAGCCAACUGGAAACCGUGUAAUAAUACCAGCACCCCACUGGUAGAAGAAUAUUGGUCAUGUACAUCUCCCCACCUCCGCUUUUGUAAAUUUUGAUAGAAUGCCAAAGAGGAAAAGAUGGUCUUUUUGCAUAGCAGUCUCUUAUUUGUGAAAGAAAAACAAUGACCUCAACCUUGGCAUUAUUUCAUAUUCUAAAUUAAGAUCUCUCGCGACUGAAAACUGUCCCACUUAAAUCAUGACACCCGGGAGCGUGCGAGCAGUCGUCCUGCGGAAGGGCGUGCACCGAUAGGUACCCAGGUUAUAACCCAGGCGCGCGCCUGCAGCCUCUCCUGGGCCUGCCUCUCCCGCUGCCCUUCCGCCUUCCGGGAAGCAGGAGCAUCGCGGAGGGCUCACAGGGGUUGGGGGUGGCUGAUCCUCUGCCAGAUCCCGGCUGGAGAAAGCUCACCCUCUCCCGGGCCCCCGAGACCGCGGGCGUUCCGCGUUGCGCAGACGAUGGAGUCCUCCUGGCUUGAGACGCACUGGGCGCGGCCCUUGUACCUGGCGUUCGCGUUCUGCCUGGCCCUGGGGCUGCUGCAGGCCGCCAAGCUCUACCUGCGGAGGCAGCGGCUGCUGCGGGACCUGCGCGACUUCCCCAUGCCCCCGGUCCACUGGUUCCAUGGGCACCAGAAGGUUUUUCGGGAUGAUGAUUUUGAUAAGAUUGGGGAAAUUGUUGAGAAAUACCCUCGUGCCUUCCCUUGUUGGGUCGGGCGUUUCCAGGUGUUCUUCUAUAUCUAUGACCCGGACUAUGCCAAGAUAUUUCUGAGUAGAACAGACCCCAAGUCUCAGUAUUUGCACAAGUUCCUAAUUCCAUCCAUUGGGAAAGGACUGAUAAAUCUAGAAGGGCCCAAGUGGUUCCAGCACCGUCGCCUACUAACUCCUGGAUUCCAUUUUAACAUCCUGAAAACGUAUGUUGACAUCAUGAUCUGUUCUGUGAACAUAAUGCUGGAUAAAUGGGAAAAGCUUUGCGGCACUCAGGACACAUCUAUCGAGGUUUCUGACCACAUCCACUUGAUGGCCCUGGACACGAUCAUGAAAUGUGCUUUCAGCCAGGAGACCAACUGCCAGAUAAACAGCACCCAUGAUGCUUAUGUAAAAGCUACGUUUGAAAUCAGCAGAAUUCUGUAUUACCGCACAUAUAACUUCUUGUAUCACCAUGACAUGAUUUUCAAACUCAGUCCUCUCAGCCGCCGCUUGGAGAAGUUAAACCAAGUGGUCCAUCGCUACACAGAAAAUAUAAUCCAGCAGAGAAAGAAAUCCAUCAGUGCUGAGAUGAAUCAGGACAACAUUCAGAAGAGAAAGUACCAGGAUUUUCUGGAUAUUGUCCUUUCUGCCCAGGCUAAAGAUGAAGAGAUCUUUUCAGAUACUGACAUCCGGUCUGAGGUGAACACGUUCAUGUUUGCAGGGCAUGACACCACUGCUUCCAGCCUCACCUGGCUCCUCUACUGCCUGGCUCAGUACCCUGAGCAUCAGGACAGAUGCCGGGAGGAGAUCAGGGCCAUCCUAGGGGAUGGGUCCUCCAUCAACUGGGACCAGCUGGCUGAGAUGUCCUACACCAUGAUGUGCAUCAAGGAGAUGCUCCGCAUCAUCUCUCCACUGCCAGCCAUUUCCAGAGAACUCAGCCAGCCCCUGACUUUCCCAGAUGGAUGCUCUGUGCCUGCAGGAAUGACCGUGGUUCUCAGUAUUUGGGGUCUUCACCACAACCCGACUGUCUGGAAAAAUCCAAAGGUCUUUGACCCCUUGAGGUUCUCUCCAGAGAAUUCUGAUCAGAGACAUCCCCAUGCCUUUUUACCAUUCUCAGCUGGACCGAGGAACUGCAUCGGCCAGCAGUUUGCCAUUGUUGAGUUAAAGGUGGCCAUUGCCUUGAUUCUGCUCCGCUUCAAAGUGUCUCUGGACCGCACCAAACCUGUGGCCUUCAUGAACCGUAUUGUUCUCAAACCCAAGCAUGGGCUCUAUUUACAUCUGACAAAACUCCCCGAAUGUUAGAUCUCACGGUACAAUGAUUAAAUAAAUAUGUUGUGUUUUUAAGUUAAAUUUACAGUUCAUGGUCCAAGUAAAUGGAAAGGAAUCAAAGUGUAGUGGGCAAGUUAGAGGGAGGAGAGAUAAAGUUCUCUGUGAAGGUACACAUUAUCCACAAGACUUCUAGGGAACAAAGGAUAUCUCCUUGAUCUAUUUCUAUAUGAUUUGGGGAGAUUUUCAUACUUUUUCUGCUUGAUUUUGCCUACUAUUAAUGUUCUAUAUCAAGCACUUUGCUAAGUGAUUUCCAUAUAUUUUCUGUUGUUUUUAAAAAUAGUUUUCAGGCUCACACCUGUAAUCUUAGCACUCUGGGAGGCCAAGGUGGGUGGAUAGCUUUAGCUCAUGAGCUUGAGACCAGCCUGAGCAUAAGCAAGACCCUGUCUCUACUACAAAUAGAAAAACUGAGGCAAGAGGAUCACUUGAGCCCAAGAGUUGGAGGUUGUUUUGAGCUAUGAUGCCAAAGCACUCUAACCAGGGGGACAACUUGAGGCUCUGUCUCAAAAAAAAAAAAAUAGUUUUCAGAAGUACAAAAGAAAUAAAAGAAUAUAUGCUUACAUUUCCAACACUAGAAAUCAUGUAGAAUAAAAAUUUUAAAUGCCAUCUCACAUAGCUCACAUCCCAUACCUUGACCAAUCCUAUGGUAUUUCCAAAAAACAGAAUAGUUUGGUGUAUGUUCUUUCAGGUAUUUUCCUAUACAACGUUACAUAUUUGUGUAGGUGUAUAUUCUUAUAGAUGGGAUCAUAGACAUUAUUAUUGCUUUUUUUCACUUAAU